CACUGUCGACAGUAGAAGCAUGUGUAAACAGUUGAGAUUUGAUAUCCUGCGAGAGCGGUCGUGUGGCAUAUGUGCUGCUUAAAACGAAUUUUUAUGAGUGUUUAUUCGUCUUGUUUUUUUUGUGUCAGAAAACUAGUAACGAUAUUGUUUAGAUCACUGCUUUUUUUGCCCAACAAAUUUGCAACGCUUGAUAAUUUUUCAUCCUCUUUGGGCACACCGAGUGUUAUAAAAAUACAUGUGUUUUAUCCGUACAUUUGCCGGGAGGUUUAGAUUCACAUUUUACGGACAGAAAAAAGUGUUUUUUUUAACAGUUUCAAGAGUGAAUUCGGACAUUUUAAAGAAUUUUCUCGUUUGGCUUAACGAAAAAAAGAGAAACUAUUAAUAAAUUAGAUACGCAUUUGGACGGAGAGAAGUAAAGUGCAUUUUAUGUCCGAGUGGAAUUUUUUUUUUGAUGAAUGUGAGAUUGAUAUCGCUUAAGUCGGUUAAAGUGCGCCAUAAAUUCCAACAUUUGAACUGGAUUUUGAAUUAACUCAUCAACGCAGCAACGCUUUUAAAUUCGAACUGAAGGCUAAAUCAUUUUAUUUCGUCUCUUAAUUAGAAAUCACAGUGAAACAAUCGUAAAACAAUUAAAAACAUUUAAAUCACAUGAACAUUAAUUUGUCCAUAAGAGAAUGAGCUCACGACUUUAAAUGUGAUAAGAGCGUGAAUUGAUUGAAAACAAAUACGAAUUGUGUGCAGAGUGAAUUUGAGUAUUUACCUGAAUCCAGGAGAAUGAAUUGAUCACACGUGCGAUCCUCAACCUAGAUCGAAAAUUGAUAAACAUUGAGCUACUGUCUCGAUAUCCGUAGAAGAAGUUAAAUCAUUGAUUAUGUACAGUCGAUCGAUGUCUGAGUUGCUGUUAUUGUCGCCAUCGUCGUUGUCAAGUGCAAACAACAAAUUUCUUAUUUAUUUACUAAUCCUAUUGAUGAGCAUUCAGUUGAUCGAUGCAUUUUGCGACGAACACCAUUGGUGGCAAGAUCAAAUUGGUGAAUGCAUACCGUGCACAGUUUGUGACGCAAGCCAAUCGAUUGUAUUGAGACCCUGUCAAAAAUAUUCGGACACAUUUUGUGGUACACUUAAAGACGUCGAUUUGGAACUGGACUGGCUAACAGCGGCUGCCUCUGCUGCUCACCAUAAACAAAUUGAAAAUCGUCAGCACUUGGGAGUCAUUGAAAAAUCAACUGCCGCAAUGUUAAUGUGGGACUGGCAAUCACUAUCACUUGCUUUGGCUGGUUUGAUGUGUUUACUCUUUUUUAUUGUUGCCGCAUGCAUUUACUGGCAACAUUCACAUUACUGGAAAAAGCUCGAACAAAUGGAACGAAGAUAUAAUGCAGAAGCGGAAGAGUUAUCAUCACGAUUGAUGCACACAAUCAUCGAUAUUCGGAAUGAUGACAACGGCCGAGUUGUAUUGGAAGAGGCAAAAAAAGAUAAAAUUACAAAUCCAUUCGAUUUGCAAUGCAUUUAUUUCGAAGAAUUACUAAAUACUGAUGGUGCGCCAAUGCCAAAACCGUUGAUUAAAACAAAUCCGAAAAAGCAACAACAAAUCGAACAACAAAAAGUUGAACUUGAUACAAGCACAAUCAAAGAGCGACCGAUUGAAGAUGAUGCGGUGCAAAAGAAAGGUCGUGGCAAUUGUUACAUCGAACCAAUGCACCAAAAUAAUUGUGUCACAUCCGAAUUGUAUAUGAUCACAUAAAACGUCCGUUUGUUUGGUUUGUGUGCGUGUGUGUAAAAUUGUCAUUCGUUAUUCAGCCGAGCGAGAAAAUGAAAUGGCAACCACAUAAUACCAAUACAAAUCUCGUUGUAUAUUAUUUAGCGUCCAAUUUUUCGAAAGAAUAAGAUGAAGAACCAAAUAAAAAAUGUAACAUAUAUAAUAAUCAUCACAUUGUACAAAAUGCAAAUCAGAGAUUUCCCUUCAUAAUAUUUUAACAUAUAGUAUAGUUGUGUACGUGCAAAAAAACAGUGCUUGACAAAUGUAUUAUUAUCCAUACGAGCUAUUAAUUAAAUAAAACAAAAAUUGAUGUUAUAUGA